AUGAACAAGAAGGAGGUAUUCAAACUAGCGAAAGGUUUCCGUGGAAGGGCAAAGAAUUGCAUAAGGAUAGCUAGAGAAAGGGUAGAAAAGGCACUUCAGUAUUCUUAUAGAGACCGAAGGAACAAGAAACGUGACAUGCGUUCCCUUUGGAUUGAACGCAUCAAUGCUGGCACUCGCGUUCAUGGUGUUAAUUAUGGUAACUUCAUGCAUGGACUAGUGAAAGAGAACAUUCAAAUUAAUCGCAAGGUUUUAUCAGAGUUGUCUAUGCAUGAACCGUAUAGUUUCAAGGCUCUUGUUGAUGUUUCUCGCACUGCUUUCCCCGGGAACCGCCAGGUGUCCGCAACACCAAAGAAGGAAGAUGAAGACUUAACCGGGAAAAUGGAGAGGGAGAUGGUUUAUGAAUCCAGACGUGGUACAAAUCCAAGUUCAUCCCCCUACCAGAUCGGAAUCACUAUCUCCAUCGAGACCAAGCAUCCACCUUUAAUGGAGCCUCCACCGACAACAACUAAGUUUCGCUCCUCUCCACCAUUUCUUCUUCUUCUGCCUAAUCUGACGCUUUGA